AUGUCGCCUCCUGCCAAAGAUGAAACCAAUGCCACGAGUACUGGCAAAAAUGAAGUGCGGCUGAUCCCCUCCGAUGAACCCCAAGGCGGCCCCGGGAUUUCAGUUGAACGCUCCAUCCUAAUCAAGAACAUGCUUGAGGAUGUCGGUGAGGGAAGCAUGGAAGAAGAGAUCCCAAUUCCAAAUGUCAACAGAGCCGUCCUUGAAAAGGUUAUUGCCUGGUGCACAAAACAUCAGGGCGACCCCCCAAGCACCGGCGACGAGGACAACGACUCCCGCAGGAAAACCACAGAUAUCGAUGAAUGGGAUCAAAAAUUCAUGCAAGUCGACCAGGAAAUGCUGUUCGAAAUCAUUCUGGCUGCCAACUACCUUGAUAUCAAGGCCCUGCUCGAUAUUGGUUGCAAGACCGUCGCAAAUAUGAUCAAGGGCAAGUCUCCAGAAGAUAUCCGCAAGACCUUCAAUAUCCAAAACGACUUCACGCCAGAGGAAGAAGCUCAAAUCCGCGCGGAGAACGAAUGGGCUGAGGAUCGUUGA